AUGAGCGAUCUUGCAUCUAUUCUUAAAAACCCUCUAUCACUUACACCCGAUGUGGCAGGAAAGAUUACUGCUGAUAUUAUGGCCAAUCAACUGACUCCUUCACAGAUUGGUGGAUUUCUAGUUGCCAUAAAGCUACUGGGUAAAGAGACUGAUCCUGCUACUAUUGCUGCUGUUGCCAAAGCCAUGCAGAGUAAGGCACUCCCAGUUGAGCUGCCAUUUGAUGUAGCUGAUAUUGUUGGCACUGGAGGUGAUGGCCAAAAUACAUUUAAUGUAUCUACCGCUGCAUCCAUCAUUGUUGCUGGAGCUGGAGUAAAAGUUGCCAAGCACGGCAGCAGAGCUUCCUCAUCAACAUCAGGAUCUGCAGAUGUUCUUGAAGCACUAGGUUGCCACUUGGAGUCUGUUUCUCCAACAGCGGUAGGCUCAAUCCUCGACUCGAGUAAUUUUUGCUUCUUAUUUGCUCAGAGUUUCCAUCCAGCCAUGAGACAUGUGGCAGCCUCUCGAAAAGAGCUUGGUGUUCGUACAAUAUUUAACAUGCAAGUGCUUGGGCCGCUCACUAAUCCCGCUCGCCCUUCCAAAAUGGUGGUUGGAGUGUUUUCAAAAGAUAUCGGCCGGAUUAUGGCUGAAGCACUCCACUUGAGCGGAGUUCGGGAAGGAUGGGUAGUGCACGGGCUUGUUGGUUUGGACGAGAUCAGCCCAGAAGGAUCCACUCUGGUAUGGGCAUUUGAUAGUAUGGGAACGAUCACUGAGCGCACUAUUUCUCCUGCUGAUUUCGGACUCGCUGAACAUCCAUUGCGAGAUGUGGUUGGCGGUGAAGCCAAUGAGAAUGCUGCCACAAUGUCAGCAUUACUCGAUAACGCUCUUACUGGUCCAAUAGUGGAUUUUGUGUUGAUGAAUGCAGCAGCGUUACUUUAUGUAGCUGGAGCAGCCUCUAAUCUCAAAGAAGGUGUAGCACUUGCUCGCCAAAGUAUUUCUUCUGGAACAGCUAAACAACAGCUGCAUCAAUUUGCGACGAAAACACAUUUCUAUAAAAAAUGA